CAAGAAUAUGCUAAAAACCUGUGUUUUGGACUUCAGAAAGGAACUGAAGUCCAUUUUGGUCACCUCUGCUACUUCCUCAUAACAGUAUGAGCGGUCAUUGGCUGAAUCUUCAGCACAUGCUCUGUUUGUGAACUGAAACCACAGUAACACAGUCACUUUUCUAAGAUGCUCGCAUACAUGUGCUGUUUAAUCUUGCUCUUCAUUUGUGUGGAAGGUGUGUUUGGCGCUGGUACAGAUGAAGUGAAGUCAGUGUCAGUGACGGAGGGAGAUUCUGUCACUCUAAACACUGAUAUUAAAGUACAGAGAGAUGAUCAUAUACUGUGGAUGUUUGGACCUCAAGAGACUCGUAUUGCUGAAAUCCACAGACAGAACAUCUAUAUAGAUGGCACCGAUUUGAUAUUUGAGAAAAUACUCCAGAUGGACAAUCAAACUGGAUCUCUGACCAUCAGAAACAUCAGAUCCGAACACACUGGACUUUAUAAACUACAGAUCAUCAGCAGAGGAACUUCAUACAAGAGAUUCAAUGUUUCUGUCUAUGCUCCUCUUCCCAUUCCCAUCAUCACUAGAGACUGUUUAUCAUCAUCAUCAUCAUCAUCAUCAGAGUCCAGAUGUUCACUGGUGUGUUCAGUGUUGAAUGUGAGUGAUGUGACUCUCUCCUGGUACAAAGGAAUCAGUGUAUUGUCCAGCAUCAGUGUGUGUGAUCUCAGCAUCAGUCUCUCUCUACCUCUGGAUGUGGAAUAUCAGGAUAAAAACACUUACAGCUGUGUGCUGAACAAUCCUGUCAGAAACCAGACCACACAUCUGGACAUCACGCAACUCUGUCACACAUAUGAAGAAGCUGUCCAUUCUGAGAGUGUGAUUCCUUCUCUGAUAUAUGCUGUGCUGGGCAUGACUGCUGUCGCUCUACUUUUUUUCCACGUCAGAUCCAGACAGCUUGAUAAACGUACAUGUCCAUUAGCGCAGAGUGCGAGGAAAUUAGUGCUUUUCAAUUAAUUACCAGAACAACAGUAUUGUGAGAUGGACAGCGUAUGAGCACUGACAAUAAAUGCAUAAAUAAAUAAAAGAAAGAAAGAAUCAAGGAAAGAAAAAAAGAAAAGUCAAGAAGAGCGUCAGACACACACGAAACACCGGUUAAUUGAUUAAGCAUUUUGUGGAUGACACCGAGGCACGAUGCUUGAAACAAUUAGUAAAAUUUUGUAGACCAGUUAGAAAGAAUGAUUUGUUCAAGAAACCGAUAUUAAAGAACAAUGUCCUUC